CUGAUCAAGUCCCUGAAGAAGGCAAUUGAGCCAGCCGUCAGCGACAUCACCAUUGACUGGUACGUCCCCGACAGUAUGGAGGCUCUGCUCUCGCCCACUGAGUUCCCAGCCCUCUAUCCUGGUGACGGCCGGGAAGGGCCUUGCCGGGGCUCAGCCUUUCCCUCCCAGGAGGAGGUGCCCAGUCCUGCGGAGAGUUGCCAGCCGCCCCGGCACACUCCAGGAUCUGGGGACGUCUCCCUGGAGCUCCUUGCUGGGAGCACCGAGGCAUCAGAGCGCAGUGUGGAUCCUGUGUCAGGGGGAGACAUCUGGAAGCGGAUUUUCCAGCCGUCCUACAUCCAGGAGCAGUAUGUCCUGACACACUGCUCCGUCAGCACCGACCGCAGCCGGGGACUGCUCUCCUGCAGCUCCACCAGCAGCGAGUCCACAGGUUCCCGUGAUGUGGCUCCCGAGGCCCCAGGCACUGAUGCCACCUCCCAGCAGGGCCAGAAGAGCCUGUCCAUCUGUGAGUCCUCCACCAAAUCUGCUCCACUGCCCUCUGCCCCAGCUGGCACCAAGGUAAUGAUGGCCCUGAGCAUGGAGGAGCUGGCACGGCGGAAGAAGGUGCUGGCACGUGCUGCCCUGGCCAGCCGCAGCUUCUCCUCGCCACAUGGGGAGCUGGAUGCACACCGGCUCUACCGGGCCUUGGAGAAGGUGUCGCAGAAGAGGAACCAGUCCCUGGAGGGGCAGCUGGACGAGCUGGGACCCCGCACAGUGGAAUCAAAUAACCUCCUCUCUCCCACCCACCUGGACUGGGACAUGCUGGUGGAGCCCUCCUACCUCUUCAGUGCCCAACCAGUGCCUGAGCCGGGGGAGCCUGGCCUGGGUGAUGCUGGCCUGCCCCUGCGCUGCCAGGUGGUGAUCCAUGCACUGCAAGCUGGCAAGCCAGUGUCCUGGGAAGUGACGGCCUCAUUGGAGUCGGUGUUGCAGCCUCGGCUCGAGGGAUCAAGGGACAACGAGAACACGGCGCAGCGGGAGGCUGAGCUGGAGCAGGGUUUCGCCCGCCGGUUUCGCCUGAAAGCUGUGCAAACCAGCAAAGCCUGCAAUGUGCCUUCUCUCUACACCCGCCUGGUGCCCGUGGACAGUGCCACACAGGCAGCCCUGCCCACAGCCCCCGAAGUGUGGGGCACAGGGCCUCCAUCAAGCCCCUCCACCACCUCCAUGGGCUCCCAGAAAUCCACAGAGAGCAUCGUUGGCUCCAGGUUUAGCCUGAGCAGGGGCAGGGGGCCCAGGGUGGCGCUGCACCUGCAGUCCCUCAGCCCGGAGAGUGAGCACUCCAGCAACCACAACUACCUCCCACUGGUGCAGCUGCAGCAAGCCAGAGGCCCAUUCCAGCUCACAGAGAGCUUCUCUGAUGUGGUGCAGAUACCGCUGGACCGCUUGCGCCGGGCCUCCCCCUAUGCCUCCCACCGCGCCAGCCUCAGCCAUGUGUCCCCAGGGGCCAGGAGCAGCCCCAAAGCAGGGCCUGGCAGCGAGGAAGGCGAGGAUCCCACCACAGCCCUGCAGCCCGGCUCACCCCCUUCCCAGAGCACUUGCUCUGAGGUGCCCAGUGCAGCCGUGUGGGCACAGGCAGACAGUGGGCAUGGCUCUGAGUCUGACACUGGCCCCCACUCAGCUGCCCCCUCCGCGGCUGGCAUGAGCUGGCAGGGCCACGGGCCAGAGGAGCUCGAGAGGGGGCUGCCGGAGGGGGUGAAUGUGCCCUGCCUCAAAGGGGCAGCCAGGCACUUGUUCCUGCUGCUGCGUCACUGGGACGAGAACAUCAAGCUGAACAUGCUGUGCUACAACCCCAAUAACGUCUGA